CAUGCACUUCGAGUUUUUUUUCUUUCAUGCGCUGCGACACACCGCUCCCUCCUUCACGUUUUCCUUCGCUUUUUUUUUCGUUUUAUUCUCUUACGCCGCCUACACGUGGACACAUGAUCAAAGCACGUUGGUUUCACCAAACUAUACUGCGCACUCUCAGCGCACUGCAUUUACAUCCUUCUUCUUUUUUUUUCUUGCUCGGGAUCAAUCCACUACUGGCCUUCUUGACACGAAGCCGCCGCCCUGUUGUGAGCCUCUCGUACAUCUAGGUGACGGGGUCGAACGUGUGUGUUUGUUUCGACCAUCGUCUCCGCCAUACACGGCACUCACCGUACUCAUUAUUAAACGCUCGCACCGCAGCAACACAACGUAUAAUCCAAUCCAACGCAUCUUCCAGCUUACAAGUGAAAUCUUCCCUAUCCAAUCCUCAUUUUGCGUUUUUUCUUUAUUUUGA